AUGGCCCGGAUGGCCAAUCGACCGCAGACGUUUGAGGAGAUGUAUGCAGUGCCAGAGAGCUUCUUGGAGAUUGAAGUGAGAAAUCCCAUGACUCAUGGGAUUGGGCGGAAAAUGUACACCGACUACGAAGUGGUCUGUAUGACUAACAUUCCCGCCUUCAAAUUGCGUCAUUCAGUUGUGAGAAGACGGUAUUCUGAUUUCGAGGCAUUUAGAGAUAUCCUGGAAAGAGAAAGUACUAGGGUCAACAUUCCUCCUUUACCCGGCAAGAUCUUCACCAACCGCUUCACAGACGAAAUCAUCGAGCAGCGCCGUGAAGGUUUACAAAGGUUUCUCGAGAUCGUUGCUGGCCAUCCUCUUCUUCAAACAGGUAGCAAAGUGCUGUGUGCGUUCCUACAGGACCCUUCGUGGGACAAAUCGCAUUGGAUCUGA